AUGGCACUGUCUUUUCUCUGCAGCAUGGUCCUCGCAUUCUCAUCCUUACCAUCGUUGAACACCGGCAUAAAGCAUGAUACGGAUCGGUCAGGUCCCACACGUACGCCGAUAUGUCUCCGGCACUUGUCUUCUUCCACAGCUUAUUACCGGCCAAACCCGGUUCCGGUUAACGGUGAGAAGAGAUCCGUUAAAGUCGAGAAGCUUCGCAAUGAAUUUAUCGAAGUUUUGUGUAGCCGGCGAUCUGCCGAAGUUCCCUUAUCCAUUAAGCCAGCAAAACCACCGACGAAUCCUCAGUGUCAGGAGGCCGUAUCACCUCAGUUCCGUGAGACUAGGGCGUCCAGUCCAAAGACAAACGUUGAGAAUUUGGAGGAAUUACUGCAAGAGGAAAAUCUCCACUUGACUACCGAGGCAGGAGAGCAAGGACGAUUGCCAGUAUUGAUUAUAAGCAUGAAGAACAAGUACAAACACGAAACAAGGCCUGCGGUUGUUUUCCUCCAUGGUACUGGCCAAUGUAAAGAGUCGUUAAGACACUUACUUGAGUCGUAUGCUUCGAGAGGAUAUGUAUCUAUUGCCGUUGAUUCCCGCUACCAUGGUGAACGUGGCCACAACAGUAGCACCUACCAAGAUGCUCUUAUAUCAUCAUGGAAAAGAGGUGAUACCAUGCCAUUCAUAUUUGAUACGGUCUGGGACUUGAUCAAACUGGCAGAUUAUUUAACAGAAAGGAAGGACCUAGACCCUACUAGAAUAGGAAUCACUGGCAUAUCACUUGGAGGUAUGCAUGCAUGGUUUGCUGCUUUUGCUGAGCGCUAUUCUGUGGCUGUCCCCAUAAUUGGGGUUCAGGGUUUUCGAUGGGCAGUAGACAAUGACAAGUGGCAGGCUCGAGUUGACAGUAUAAAGCCUUUGUUUUUGGGUGCACGAAAAGAUUUAGGGAAGAGUGUAAUUGAUAAAGAAGUGGUGAGGAAGGUUUGGGAUAGGAUUGCUCCGGGUCUAGCAUCUCAUUUUGAUUCUCCUUACACUGUUCCCGCUAUUGCACCUCGUCCUCUCUUGAUUUUAAAUGGUGCAGAAGAUCCCAGAUGUCCACUGCCUGGUUUAGAGGUUCCCAUUUCAAGGGCACAUCAUAACUACAAAAUUGCGCACCAUUUAAACAAUUUCAAGUUUGUUGCGGAACCCGGAAUUGGCCACCAGUUGACCUCGCUGAUGGUAAAAGAAGCUAGCGACUGGUUUGAUAAGUUUCUCAUUUGA